CUAAUCCAAAUUGCUCCCCAUCGUGUGUAGAAUCGGAGGAAAACUUUAAAAGAAAAACUAAACCACUUAAACCAAGGGUAGUCUUAAUAGUGUUCGGUUCACUGAUGGUGGAUGUUUUCUAGCGGGUUAACCACCAGGAAAUGGAAUAAUUUUCGACUUAAAUUAAAGCCCAUUAGAUCUGCCAGCAAGGAACCAUUCACUUCUGUUGCAUUUGGUGUGAUGCAAUCACAAACGCUAAUUAGAGAAACCCAAAGCAGAGAGAUGGAGUUCGACGACGAUUUUGAGCUCCCACCAAACUCCGACGAGGCUUCCCCUCCGGUCCGUGAAAGGAAGCUGAAGCGCUUAAAGAAAGGAGUUAGGGUUUCCCCAGAUCCACUCCUCGAUCAACCAGAGAGAGCCGCCGGAUUCGAAGGCCUCGAUUUAGGGGAAUCGAAUGAGCAAUCGGAGUCAAGGAUUGGAUCGGAGGGUUUGGGCGAUGAAGGUGAAAUGAAUCCUGGUUUUGAUGGUGAGGGAGAGUUGAAUUCUGGUUUCGAUGAUUUCGGUAGUGAAGGUGAAAAGGGAUCUGGUUUAGAAAUGAAUUCUGGUUUUGAUGGUUUGGGUGAAGGUGAAGGAGAUGCCUCUGGAGCUAAGAGGGCUUUGGAUUUUGAGUCUGUGGAUGAGGAUUUCGGAGAAAAAGGCCAAGAGCGAAGCCAAGAGAUGCUAGAUGAAAGUAGGGAUACGAUGAUGGAGGAACCGGAGAAGAAAAGGCGGAGUUCCGAUGGCGGUGAGGAGGAGAAGGACAAGAAGAAGAAGAAUAAGAGGGCCAAGAGCGUUGGUGAUGAUGCGAAAUCUAAAGAUGCCGCUGCCAAGAGCAAAAGGAGGGCUGAAAAGGAAAGACAAGAGCAUCUGAAGCAGCUUCAUGCAGAAACUCAGAGACUUUUGCGAGAAACCAGAGAAGCAGCAUUUAAACCUAUGCCAAUUGUUCAGAAGCCCAUAUCGUCAAUUCUGGAGAAGAUUCGGCGAAGAAAACUGGAGGUUUCAAAAAAGUCUAUGACUAUGAAUUCUUUUGUUGAUGACAAUGGACCUUCCAGACGGAUUAUGGAGGAGUUCAGUUCAGAAGGUGAUCCUGUGGAUGUGACUGGAGGCAGUGAGGUAUUGAAAGCAGCAAUUAAGGAGCCAAUUGCAUGCCAGACUGAAAAAGGGAGUGGUACAAAUGUGGUGUGUAUGGAUGCUUCUAAUGAUCAUAUAGAUCAUUCCGGCCAUGAAAAUGUUUCUUCCCAGAUGGAUGUUGAUAAGGUAUCCAAGCAAGCAUUUCGAGCUCCUGUUGAUGAUACUCAGGAUUUGUUUUCUGAUUCCCAGACUACCGACUCUAAAGAUGAGAAUGAUACCCCCAGUAGUCCUUUGGAGGAGGUUUUUUUACCUUCCAAACUUGCAAUGGACUUAAGGUUAAAACUUGAUUCCACUCCCCCUGAUGAUGUUUCUUCCGAUGAGGAGGACAAUGACAAAGAAAAUGUCGAUCCUCAUUCCCCUGGAUUGGCUGAUUUGUCUACAUCCCCAAUUUGUGAUCCUGUCAAAGCUUUUGUUGAUGAUGAAGCUGAGGAAGAAGACGAUGGUGAUCAUGACCAGUUUCUGUUCCCAGAUAAAGAAGAAGAUGAGGCUGACGAAGAUGCUGAGGAUCUUAAUGAUAUGAUAGCAACUGGAUAUGAAGAAAAUCCGAUUGAUGGUGAAAGACGGAAUGAACUCCAUCAAAAAUGGCUUGAGCAACAGGAUGCUUCUGGAACAGAAAAACUUAUGCAGAAACUGAUGUUUGGUUCAAAACUAAGAGAAACAAUGUCGCUUGAAGAGAAACAUGCAGAAGAAGAGGAAGAUCAAGAGUCUGAUGAUGAAGCUGCAGAUGUACUAGGCAACAAUUCUGCCUCUGGUUCACCAAAAAAAGUCUCGGUGCAAAUGAAUUUAAGAAUAGCAAAGCAAAUGAUUCCUCAAAUGUUUACCGAUAAUGAUGUAUACUUGUCAUCAGAUGAUGAUGAUGAUGAACCAGAAAAGAGGCCAGCUAAGCCGUGCUCGUUUGAGAAAGCUGAAGAGCAGGCAACUUUCUUGUCACCAGCUGAGGAUGAAAGUUGUAGCGAGGUUUUUGGUCGUAUAAAGAAGCUGAAUAUUGUGCCUGACACUAAGAAGGGCAAAACAUCCGCCAUUUCUAGUAUGCAGCUCAUGGGAGGAAAUGGGAUCAUACCGAAGUCAUCAUUCAUACGGGGAUCAAAUCAUUCUCUGCCUUCAUCCCGUAAGCGUGGAUUAAGCACAGCUCGCUGCUCUUUUAUCUUUGGAAGAGAUGACAGCAAUAGCAUGAGCACAACCUCAGUGUCAGAGGAUUCUUCAGAUAUGUUUCAGAGAGAGAGUACACCAGCAAGAACUACAGCAAAGUUCAGUAGUUCCCAAAUGAAGAGUCGUAAAGAGAAAUCAACACCUGAAGCUGUUGUGAAGACUGAUACUUCAUUCUUUGAGAUACUGAGGCAAAAUUCCUUGCAUUCAAAGCGCUGUUAUAAGGAGUCUAUCAUUGAUGAAACUAUUCAACCCAUAUCCGUCGAUCAAACAAUUGACACCGAAUCUGUAGGUCAAACAAUUCACAGGGAAUCUGUUAUUCAAAUGAGAAGAACAGUCUCCGUUGAUAGAACGAUUCAAUCAGCAUUAGCUUCAUUCAGAGUGGGAAGAGUUCAGUCAAGGCAAACAAAGAACCUAGUUUCUAUGUAAGAACUUAAUCAACCAACAUUCUCAAUGAAGAUGAUGGAGUUACUGGUGAUGCCUUGUCUGUUACUUUUGGAUUCACAAACUCGUUGGUUGUUAUUUUGUAAAACUUAUCCCUUUAAUUAAAGACGAAAUUCAUCCUCUCUAUAUUAGGAUGCAAUAUCCAUAGAUUCCAUAAGAAUUUUUUUUGUUAAUUGUAGCCUGUUAGUGUUACUGUAUUCACAUACUUGUUAGUUGUUACUUUGUAAAACUUAUCCUCUUAAUUAAAGAUAAAAUUCACCCUCUA